GAAGGUUCUUUAACUUUAACCCAGUAGUUAAUAUAACCCAGCCUGUUCAGCCUUUUCCUGAUAGAGCCCAGGCAUCAUAAAGAGGAGGAGCCUUGACGGGCAGUUUCCUUCUCAUGUGUUUUCUCACAGCGAAACAUCUGUCUGGGCUCAGUCAGUGGUUGUUUCCCUUCUGAGGCACCUGGAAAAUUAAAACCGCAAAGACAUGGCUGCUGAGAUGGAUAACAAUAAAAAAACAUUUUGCAGGAAGCCACAUCCCACACUGUGGACUGCAACAUUGUUGGUGAUCGCAUAUGCUGUCUGGUGUGUACUGCUGUGCAUCUUGGCAGCAUCAGGGCACCUUCUGAACAGCAAGAGCCUGGAAUGUGGGAACAGUGAUGAGGACGCGUCCAAACUGAAAAGAAAGGCCCUACUGGUGUACUGGUGGUCAGGGGUCAGUCUGCCGAUCUGUAUCCUGCUACUGAUGUCAAUUUGGAUAAGGAGAUUGGGGUCGUGCUUGUGGUUUCUGUCACUGUGUGCGAUCUGUGUCCUGUUUGUGGUCAUGGUUGUAUCUCUUACAAAGGCUUGGAAGAAAGAGAAUGAGGAAAUACAAGCGUUUGAGGAGCACUACCUGCACCUGAGACCUCUGAGACAUACACCAGGAGACUUACAAACACAUUUUAAUGAUGGAAAAUGUAAUAGCAGUGACAACGUGUACCGCUGGCAGACUGAGUUUAAGUGUUGUGGACUCAUAAACCACAGCGACUGGUGGCCGGCCAUCCCCGACUCCUGCCUAUGUGAAGGAGAGGACGACAGCUCUGAAUGUGUCCUAUAUGGAAACAGCCUCGUUCAUGAGAAGCCUUGUCUCCCUACAGUCCUAUUCCUUGAAGAAAAACGCAACUCCACGUUCUGGAUCAUCAUGAUAGUUUGGCUCAUCAUUGUCGGUGCGCCGGUUUCCAUCCUCAUGUUGUUCCUUAUGGCCAUGAUUAUGAUGUGUUAUUAUAUGUUCUGUUUCGAGCCAUGUUGGUACAAGCUGAGUGUUUGGAAAUACAAACUGAGUGGAGGAGAGGAAAUGGUUCCAGUGGUGUUCAUCAGAAAGGACAACAACGACAAAACAGAGGAGGACAACAGGAAAGAUGGGGAAGCGAAAGAAAGCGACAGCGAUGAGGCUGUAGUCUUAGAUGUAGAAGACGGAAAAAACGUGGAGGGAGAGGGACGAGAAGCAGAGGAGGAAUAUUUGGAUGACAACCCAAUGAGAAUGAUUCCUCUUUCACUGCUGAGCAGGCUGCAGGAAGAGCUGGACCCUCCCCCUGUCCAACACCAGGUUCGAUGCAUGUGUAUAUUUCCAAGUAAACCCAAGGACUUCUACAUUGUCACGAUAGAGGAGGAUUCACCGCUGCUACCCAGUUAUGCCGUGUUGGCUGAUGCCAACAAACCACCCAAUGUCUGUCUUUGGGCAGAGGGACACCAUGUUUUUGUAGUUGAACAUAUUAUUUGGCCUAGAGAGAGUAAACCGCAAGGCACGCCACCAUCGUAGGGUUAGUGUCUGGUGCUGUCUAUACAACACUGUGCUGCACAUUUUCACAGACUACAAUACAUAAAAUCCUAAGAAUUGUGUUUUAGGGAUAACUUGCAUUACAAAUAUUUGGUGGCUCGUAUUUUUUAUACGACCUUACGGAUGUUCAAAUUAAAAGUACAUAUCAAGAGUAUUGCAUUCUGUCUCUUUUGAAGCUUUGCUCUUUGUAUUUCACUUUCUUGCUUAGCUGCAACCAUGAUGUUCCCAUAUUUUACUAGCUACUACAUUUUCUAUCAUCUCUGUGAUUUACCCCAUCAUCAUGUUACAAAAAACAUUUUAAAAGUAUAACAAUUAUUCUGACAAACGCUACUACUCAAAAACACACUUGAAUUACUUGUUGACUUUCAUUAGGUACAUUUGUGAACCACAGUCUAAAUAAUAAACAUCUAAUCUAUGCACUUUCCAGACUGAAAUAUUUCAUCAAAUAUUGGAUUGGAUUGCUAUGAAAUUUUAUACAGAUGUUCAAGAUCCCAAGAGGAUGAAUCCAAUAGUUGUUGAGAGUUGAUCCAGAAGAGUCUCUCGUUUUCCAUCUCAGCUCCACCUCUCUGUGCUCGAUGAAUAGACCAUAAAUGUAAUAAACAACUUGUGCCUUCCUGCUCCAGUAUCUGAUACAGUAUGAUUAUGGUCACAGUGUGGGAGUGUUUGUCAGCAAAAUUAAAUUAUGUAAAACUUAAUAGCCUUGUGACGGGAAACGUUGGUGUGUUUAGAAGUCGUUGCCGAGCAAUUCCCUUCUGGUUUCCCCUCAUUCCACUUGAGCUUAUCUAAUGUAAGCAGAGCAGGGACCUCUGGCUGACUGCAGUUAAAACAAACAGCAGUAACUCAUCCACAGUCUGUGUGGGUGAUAGAAUAUGGACUAGAUCACUGUGACAAUUUUUUUAUGCAAACUUUUCAAUACAUUAGUUACAUUUAAAAAGUUUUGAGUACUCAGAUCCUUCAGUUAAAGCAUCUAUAAUCUGUAUUUUUAUAUAAGGCAGAUAACAAUGUGAUAAACCCACAGAGAAUCAAACUGAAUCUGCAGCUUUCCUCGACUUUAUGGAGCAAGUGUCAGCUCAUUAUUUAGAUGUUUGGCCCAAGUCUUUAAAGUCCACUGUACACUACCUGCUGGACACUAAACAGACAGUUAGCAACUAUAUGGUGGACAUAAUGGAGCAUUAUUUAGCAGCUAAGCCCCAUAGAUUUCCUUCAGGAGCUGGUUAAGACCAAAACAGAGCUAAAAGAGAGUGAACACUAACUUUACAUUUCUCAGCUGGCUACAAACAUGACCCAAAACAAAUUAAUAUGUUGCCUAUAACUGCUGGAUGUGUAAAUAAGCAAGUUUGCGCAAAAGUUUGGUGAUAUGUCAGUGAUGUGCUCAUGUUUCCGUGGAGUUCUUUUCAAAGGGGCUAUUUGUAAGUUUUGAUAUUGCUACAUAGCUAACGUUAGCAUUAACAGCUGUUUACCUACCAGUCUAGAAGAAAUGUUGUGAGCUCAACAUGAAACUUCAUUCCUUUACUCGCCAAGAGCUGUCUCCAGCGGUGAAAAGCAACGCCAAUCUUAAGUCUUGUCUCUAUCACGUCUUCCCUUCUACUGAACUUAGCAUGCUAACCAGCUAGCCCUGGCCCGUCCGGUCUCUUUCCGAUAGCGACUCACUGUAGCCUCCAGUCUGCCAGAAGAGGUAGUGCUGAGGGUGUAUUAUAACCACCUGUCUUUUAAAUGCAACCAUGGCUGAAGCUCACCACAAUCCACUCCCGGCAACAAACAACAACAGAAAACUUAAAUAGAGAUAGAAUAAAGAUUUUUUUUUUGCAGAUUUGUAUGAGAUGAGAUAUUUGUCUGCUUCCCUGGUCUUAUCAAGCACUGGAUUUAUUCAGCAGUUCCACUUGAAUUUCAUGCUCUGAUUGUGUUUUUACCUUUUUUUUUUUUUUUAUUUUUUUUUUUUACAUAUUUUACACAGAAAAAUAAUCACAUGACAGAUUGCACAUUUUAAGUUUCUUUUAAUGGACGUGACAAAACUUCUACAUAUUUGUGGAAAAAUGUACCUCAAUAAUGCUCAAAGUAUAACAUAGUCAAAGAAAAUUGUAAAACUUUGGAACACAUAUGUAAACAGUAAUUUAAAUAAAUAAAACUAGAGAGCAACACAUACUGAGAACAAAAUUUAUAAAUAAUUCAACUUUAACCUUUCACCACUCAGAUUUCAAACAUUACAAACAAGUGCAAAGACAGAAGAUUUAACAUUUAAGACCAAAAAGCAAAUGUAGGCUGUGGUUUUAGGCCUUGCGUGUAUUUCUUUUUGCUUGUACUUUGAUUCACUCACUAAAGUUCAAGUACAAAAUAAUUAAACAUUAGAAAAAACAUGUUUCCCGGGAGAGCACAGCAUUUUCUGUGACUUUUACCAGGUCAUUAUCAGAUGUUUUAUUUUUGACCCUCAAGCCCUGAGCAUCCUGGUUUUAGUGGCAUGGCUCUAGUGUUAAUAAUCACACGGACACUCUAGUUGAGGGACAUAAACACGCACACACACGCACGCACGCACGCACGCACACACACACACACACACACAC